AAAUGAAAUCGCACAUUCAUGCGCGAAAUGAUUGCGUCAUAAUAGUCGCAAACGAUAGAAGAACGUAGUUUGCGUUGUUAAUCGUUGGUGAAUAUUUUAUAUUAUUCGAACAAUAAAGAAAAAUAUGUACAGGUGAACAAUGGAUGAUUCUAUUUGGAAAAAUGCAGUCCCAAUAGAAAUUCCAGAGGAGGCUUAUAAACAAACAUUACAGCAUGAAGCACCAUUAUCAGAUAGAUUAUAUGGACUAAUGCAGCGUUCCCCAUCUUUUGUAGUUGGUAUAGUAGGCUUAUGUGCUAUAUGUGGUAUAGGUGCAUAUAACUGGAAAUCGAAAAAAAUAAAACCAUCUAUAUAUCUUCUACAACUAAGACUUGCAGCCCAAGGCACAAUAAUAGGCUGCCUUGGUUUUGGAACGUUAUAUGCCAUGUAUAAAGACUUGAUGUCAGAAAAGAAGGAAUAAUAUUUAUUUCUUAAUAUUACAAGCAAAUAA